AUGUCCGAUAUAAACAUGGAGAAGUUUGCGGUGCCAGAGUUUGUUCCUGAUCGCUAUGUAAAAGAGUUAGCGAAAUCCUGCGUUGGAGGGGAGGAGUUGCAGCAGCAAAAGGAAAAAAUUCAAACAUUGGCCGAAGAGACCGCCAACGCUCUUAAGAAAAAUGUUUACGAGAACUAUAUGCAAUUUAUUGAGACGGCUACGGAGAUUUCCCACCUAGAAGCUGAAAUGUAUAAACUGUCUCAUUUGCUAAGUGAACAGCGUACAGUGCUUACAACGUUAUCCCAAGCAUCUAUUUUAGGUAAUGAUAAUACGAUUUCACGGGAGUCACUUGACAACCAUGAUUUGGAGGCUGACAGAGCUGAAGAACAGCGUAAGAAUAAACUUAAUCUUAUAACAGAAAAAGUGGAAGGUUGCAUGAAUCUUUUAGAUGUACCAGAUAGAACAUUACUUCAUGAAGGUGAUUUACUAGAAAUCGACGCAGAAGAAAACACUGCCUUACAGAGAAUGCAUGUAUAUUUAUUUAAUGACAGUCUAAUGUUAACCUCGUGGAUUUCAAACCGUAGAGGCCCUAUGAGAUAUAAGUUUCAAAUAAGUUACCCAAUUAGCACACUAGCAGUAGUGAAUGUACGAGAUUUGGGUACAGUUAAACAAGCAUUUAAAGUUCUAGCAUUUCCUGAUACUAGAGUAUUUCAGUGUAAUAGUUUAGCUAUCAAAAAAGACUGGCUAGAUAAGUUUGAUGUGGCUAAAAAAAUGCACAUAGAAAAAGAAACUUCUAAGCAGAAAAAAAAGGAAAGCCAAGAGAAGCUUAGAACUGAGACCCUAGAUUCCCCAAGUCUCUCAGUUGAGGAGCUUCCAUCACCACAGGUGACUCCGUUACCGGACUGGUUGUCAGAUGUUACAGAAGAGUUAGAUGUGUUGAUUGUUGAGAGACAUUUCCAAAGGACCUAUGAACUGAUGGUUUCAGCUCAGAAAACUUUAAACAGUGAAGAAUUAAAAAGUCAUCCUCAAAGAGCAGACAUUUUGAAAAGAAUAGAGCAGAAACAAAAAGCUUUAACUGAGAUAUUACUGAAAGAACUGGAUGUAAGCCAUAAUUGGAGUCCGAGGGGAGGCCUGAGAUCUUCAAGACAUCCUGUGCUAAUACUCAACAAGUUUAAUAUGACCAGUCAAGCUUGUGAGCUAUUUCUAGAAAUUUGUAGUCAUACCGUUAAUGCUCACGUUAAAGGAGUGCAAUUGGAAGGUUCAAUUCAUAGUUAUGUUAAUCAAGUGGGGGAAGUUUUUUUUUGCUCACUAAGUGACGCCUUAACUGAAUUUAUUACCUUAUUCCCUAAAAAUAAAAUAAGUGCAUUUAUAGUAUGGGCUAGUAUGCAAUUAAGGAUUUUAAUGAGUCAAAUUAUAAAACAAGUGUUUACCCCACAAUGUGCAUUGGACUCUGUUUUGGAAUGUGUUCAGAGUUUAAGGGAUCAAUGUAGUCUUUUUUGUGAAUUUGGUCUAGAUUUAAGGUUCCAAAUGAAUAGUUGCUUGAGAACUCCAAUCAUAAAGGCUCUAAGAGAAUAUAAAGAGAAGAUUGUAGAUUCAAUGAAAAUGAAAGUGUCUGAAGAUAAGUGGACGCCUAUUAAUAUGCAUACAAAAGCUGGUGUAAAUAAAUUUUUAUUGCAGAUGGAAAAUUUGGGCCUUAUCUUAGCUAAGUACAUAAUAAACGAAACUUGGGUGGACUUAUCUAGUAGUACUAUAUGGUUCGCUCAGUCCAUAUUAACUAUCCAGAAAAUUGGUUUAAAACUUGUAACAAAGGAUAUGAUGGAUGUGUUAGAUGAGUGUAUAUAUGCAGUAUUCAACAGUCGCCUUAUGCUCUCUGUAGGAAAUGAUUCAAGUUAUGCUCAGAAGAAUUUCAAGUUUUUAUUAGAAACAAUUAUGCCGUUAAUGAUUAGGGUUUACAAGGAAGAGGUUGGUUAUGAUAAUGAGAAAUUAGUAUCAUUAGCAAAGAAAUUUGGUAUGAAAGUUACACCUCCAAAGAAGUCAAACAUCACAAAGUAUACAAGUAAUGAAUAUUUAUGA